AUGCACUUCGACGGCUCCAAUAUGCGUCUCGGCCUGCGUGCCGGCAUCGUGCUGUCCUCCCCGAAGGGCGACCAGCUUCCGUGCGCGCUCCAGAUCCACUUCACUGCCUCCAACAACGUCGCCGAGUACGAAGCCCUUGUGCAUGGCCUUCAGCUUGCCAAGGAACUCGGCAUCCGGCGCAUCCUAUGCUACGACGACUCGGAUUUGGUGGUGCAGCAGUGUUCCGGCGAGUGGGACGCCCGCGACCGCAACAUGGCGAGCUACCGCUUCCUCGUCCAGAAGCUGUCCGAGUUCUUCGUGGGCUACGAGUUCCUCCACGUCCCUCGCGCGGAAAAUGAGGCCGCCGACAUGCUCGCCAAGAUCGCCUCGUCACUGCAGUCCAUCCCGUCCGGCCUCUCCCUCGAGCACCUACACAAGCCGUCCGUCAAGCCGUCUCCGGACUCCGAGUCCAUCUACGUCCCGGACGACCCGGCCGCGCCUCAACCCAGCCCGAGGGCUGCCGAACCCGGCCCGGGGGUUGCAGCCGCCGCCGUCCCUAACUUGGCCGCCGCCGUCCCUAACCUGGGGGCUGCCGACCCCGGCUCGGGGGCUGCCACCCCGGAACCCGCCAUGGUGGCCGUCUUCGCCGUUGUGAUGGCACCGUCGUGGGCCCUGCCCAUCUUAGAGUUCCUGGAAAACAGGGUUCUCCCCAUGGACGAGACCGAGGCCCGGCAAGUACAGCGCCGGGCGUCCGCCUACAACAUCAUCAACAACGAGCUCGUCAAGCGCAGCUCCACCAGCCCACCAGCCGGCCUCAGCACUCCGAACCAUCCCGAUCACCUGGGUUUCGCGGUCUGGGGACUCGACAUGGUGGGGCCCUUCAAGACCGCUCGAGGCGGAAUGACGCAUUUGCUGGUGACGGUGGGCAAGUUCACCAAAUGGAUCGAAGCAAGGCCAAUCAAGAAGCUGGACGGGCCGACGGCCGUCUGGUUCAUCAAAGACAUCGCAGUACGUUAUGGCAUGCUGAACAGCAUCAUCACGGACAACUGCACCAAUUUCGCCAAGGGCGCGCUCACGCAAUACUGCUCCAUCUUCGGCAUCUGCCUCGACCUUGCGUCCGUUGCACACCCACAGUCCAACGGCCAGGUCGAGCGGGCCAACGGCCUCAUCCUAUCUGGCAUCAAGCCACGGCUCAUCGAGCCACUCAUCCGCGCACCUGGCAGCUGGCUUGACGAGUUGCCGGCCGUCCUCUGGAGCCUCCACACCACGCCAAACCGAUUGACCGGGUUCACCCCGUUCUUCCUCGUCUAUGGAGCCGAGGCCGUCAUCCUGACCGACGUCUAG